CAUCAGUGUGAGCAACAAGCAGUCGCCGCGAUGCAGAACGCGAAUGUCUCCGAAUCGACACAGUACAGGACGACGCUCCUGGAUCUCAACGACGAUGUCCUUACGACCAUCGUUUCCGAUGUCACCACCAAGGACUCCCUGCAGCUCUCUCUCGUUGCGCGACGGGUCCAUCUACUCGCGAAACGUCAAGCAUUGUCUUCUGUGACGAUGAAAUCCAUGCAAGCCGUCAUGCGCAUCUGCACCUAUAUGCUUGACGAUGUGGUCGGCCGCUUGCAGUGGAUCCGGCGCUUGUCAGUGUCUGUCGGGCUGCCGUACCAAGGAAGCGGCAUUUUCACCCAACACAAUUGUCCACAGAAGCUGGAGGAAGCAUUAAGAGCCUUGGGGCUGCUCACGUCACUCUUCAAGCAUGCAAGUGGGCUCCGGCAUCUCCACAUCUCUCCCCUUGAGGACCUUUUAGUGUUUUAUCCACCACUCCUUGACGCUAUUUAUGCACAUACCAACAUAGCUGAGCUGGAGCUGCUGCAAUGCGACGGAUGCGAGGCUCUCAAGCUAUUAGAUGAGUUGCGGAGCCAACCGCGAAACCUCAUGCUGGAGGUACGGACACAGGACGCGGAUAAGGACGCAAUCAUCUCCCGAAUUGGGAGGUUCCAUGAACUUCGUGCGCUGAGUCUCUAUGGUCUAUAUACACCACACUAUCCGGUUCGCAUGGACACCGAGCACUUCAUGCGCAGCCUGCAUCAUUCAUGGCCUAAAGUUACCGACCUCACCCUGGGACGUUGCGAAAUCCAUCUUCCUGCGGUCCUCUGCGCCUUCCCCAAUCUGCGCACCCUAACAUUCACAGAGUGGGGUAGUCCGCACACUGCGGCUCUCGACAGGCCAACAUAUUCUGUCCCGCUACAAGGGACCUCCGGUCUCGAAUACGUCGAGGGGAGCGGACACCUUUUGGAGAAUUGGCCCACCGCGCGUCCUGUGUAUCACAUUCUCAUCCAAUCCAUACUCGCAAUUCCAAGUCUGUCGGUGAUGGGUGGGCUCACGCGCAGCGGCGAUCCUGAAAUACCGAUCGUGCUGCAGAUGGUGCGCAAUGCUGAACCGAUCGUGUUCACUUUCCGCAUCAUGGCCUUCGAGUCUUUACUUGAUUCGUUCUGGAAGAGCCUUGCGCGCGAGGCGACGAGACUGCGGUGUCUCGAGGUCGAGCUGUGUCUAUUCAGAGAAACGAAGGGUCUUACAUCGUUGUUCCUGGAUUGGAUGACUAAUGUCCCAUCAACUCUUUCGCCUAUGACGUCGCUGUCGUACCUCGAGAUUGCUAUCAAUGGCGACCUAUCGCAAUUUAUCACAUGCGUAGUGAGUGAGGCGGCGGAACCCGUCGACCUCGACAAUAGUCAGGAGUACGCAGAACGGCUGGCGUCUCUCGUCAUUGCACAGGUUCCCUCUCUUCGCUACAUCUCUCUUGGCUUUGGUUCCAUGACGUAUUCCUUCUCUAUCCACACACAUCCAUUCGCAGGUAUGAUGUGGAUGUGGAAGGUAGAACAAGGUGCGGGCGAACGUACGCUCAGUCCUGUCCCUCAAAUCAUUGCUCAACGGCUCAGAGUGGUGUUGAAAUCGCCCGAUUAUCACCCUCAACGAGAGAGCGAAGGUGAGCCAACUCUGCCCUUGCGAGCGCAUAGUUCUGUUGACAUCAUCGAUGUUCCAUACAGUCAUGGGAUGAGGCUAAUCUCACUUAGCGCGUCGAUAACCAAAGGAAUAUAG